GUUCUAUGGAAUAUGACUAUCACUAUGCCAUGGUUAUGUAUGAUGAGAUCGGGCUAAAACGGUAGCACUACCAAAACGGGAUUAAUUUUGCUAUAACGGCACCUCAAUGUUUUGGCGAAAACGGAACCUCUUUUGACUAUAAUGGCACCUAAUUUUUUGACGAAAAUGGAACCAUUUUUGUUUUUAAUAUAACCGUUCAAAGACCGGCGCAUUGUCUAGUCAAAACAUCCAUUACGUCGGCUUGCGGUGAACUCGUAUGGAAAUCCACAAGUGAACUGAUUUAAAUGAUGUCUGAAGAAAGCACAAUUUCUAAGUCGAUGGAAGGAAGUGAUAUAAAACCACCAAUCUCUACCGUGUCUACAUCUGGUAGUAUUUCACAGGUUACUACAUCAUCUAAUGCUCCAAAGUCGACUUCUCAGCCAAUGAAACCCAACUACACACUAAAGUUCACUUUAGCUGGUCACACAAAAGCUGUGUCAUCAGUCAAGUUCAGUCCCAGUGGAGAAUGGCUUGCAAGUUCCUCUGCUGAUAAACUAAUAAAAAUCUGGGGAGCAUAUGAUGGAAAAUUUGAAAAGACAAUAAGUGGGCACAAGUUGGGGAUAUCAGAUGUUUCUUGGUCUACAGACUCUCGCCUCCUAGUUAGUGCAUCCGAUGACAAAACACUUAAAAUUUGGGAUUUCGCAACAGGGAAAUGUCUGAAAACACUGAAGGGUCACAGCAACUAUGUCUUUUGCUGCAACUUUAAUCCACAGUCAAACCUCAUUGUUUCUGGUUCUUUUGAUGAAAGUGUCAGAAUAUGGGAUGUUAAAACAGGAAAAUGUCUGAAAACUCUCCCAGCCCAUUCAGAUCCAGUUACAGCUGUUCACUUCAACAGAGAUGGUUCACUCAUAGUUUCAAGUAGUUAUGAUGGUUUGUGUCGUAUCUGGGACACUGCAUCAGGGCAAUGUCUGAAAACAUUAAUAGAUGAUGAUAAUCCACCAGUUUCCUUUGUGAAAUUUUCUCCAAACGGCAAAUACAUACUAGCAGCAACACUUGACAACACAUUAAAAUUAUGGGACUACAGUAAAGGAAAGUGUUUAAAAACAUAUGUUGGACACAAGAAUGAAAAGUACUGCAUUUUUGCGAACUUCUCAGUCACAGGUGGAAAGUGGAUAGUAUCAGGGUCAGAAGAUAACACAGUUUUUAUAUGGAACCUCCAGACGAAAGAGAUUGUACAGAAACUACAGGGACAUGCAGAUGUUGUGCUCUGCUGUGCUUGCCAUCCAACAGAAAACAUCAUUGCAUCAGCAGCUCUGGAAAAUGACAAAACAAUAAAAUUGUGGAGAAGUGACGUUUAGUUUACUGACGAUCCUUUACAAACCCUUAAUCAUCAGCAUAAAAGUGGAUUUUGAUGCAGCCAUUAAGAGCAACUGUUAAAUACGCACAUCAUUUUUUUUGUUCACCAGUGUUCUAGUUUUCAAGAGUAACAUUCUUGGUCCAUUCAUAUCCAGACACUGGUGGAUUCAAGUAGGAUGUUCAACAUUAUGAACUGUUCCGAGAAUAAUGAACUUUACAUCACAAUGUAAAAGAUGGUUGUAUCAAGUUUCAAAAAUUAAGUUUUAUUCAUUUGAUGAAGUGUUUGAACCAUGCCAGUAAGAACAAAAGCUUCAAAGCAAGUGUGACAAGGGCAAGGAUGAAAUUUAAUACAAAUCUUCCAAAGGUGACUGAAAAUUAUGUUAGAAACAAUUACCACAGAUUAUUUCUCUUUGUUCUAUAUUAUUUGCAAAAUCAUGAACAACUGGAUCUUUUACCCUUUGAUAUAAUUAAACUCAGUGGGUUGACAUAUGAAACAACAUUUGGUAGAAUUGUGGUUUAUUUUUUAAAAUCGGUGUUAAAAAGCCAACAAAAACAUGUUAACACGUUUGGUUUGUACCUGGAAGAAAUAUCAAGUCAAAAACAGGCAUUGUUAUGUCCAUUGUUAAGUUUUAACAAUUAAAAUAGAACCUAUCCCUUUGUGUUUAAUUCCGAAUCUUUGGGAUACAGUUUCACCCAUUUGUUUUCUUGUGACAGUAGUAAGCAAGAACCUUUCAAAGCCUUUUUCACAAAAUAUUUAUUUAUUCUUCCAUUCCAGUGUUGCCUGUUCAUUUUAUUUAGAUUAAUUUUACAUACAGAGAUCAAGAAAAACUUCAUUCUUUCACUGUUGAAAUUUGUUUAUUCAUAAAAUGUAUUUGCAUGACAGAAACAACCAUACCCUAAUGGUAUUCUCUUAUUUUAAUACAACAACUAUACAUUCCUGCCCUGCAUUCAGUGACAGUGAGUAGUGCUAAUGCUGUAUUCAUUAGAAGUCGUGAAGAUCGUAUUUCCCAAUUCAUAAGUUGUGAAGAGCUUUCAUUUGACAAAAUAACUUGUGACGUGGUGAACACAACUUGUGAACUGGAGUAGGAUUUUCUGUCUCAAUCUUCACAACUUCGUGGAAAAAAAAGGGCGGAACAAACACAAAUCAUUCGUGCAAUUAUGAGUUGGGUGUGUGAGAUUGGAGUGCAGAUUGUCUGUCUAUAAAUCGUCUGAAUGCUCUUCUUUUUUUUGUGAAUUCGUGUUCACAAUUUAGAACUUGUGAAUUCACGAUAUUCAUGAGCGCCAAAUGAAUGCAACAUUAUGUUAACAAACUAUUUAACUGAUUUCUAGUGCAGUCAUUUGGUUUAACAUGAAGCGUAUAAACCAGUCUAGCGAACAGUUUUCUUAUCAGUAUGUAAUUAUUAAUUGUUUGGACUUUAAACAUGGUAUUGGUUUCAUGUUGAGGAUAAAUGUACAUUUGAGUUAUCAGUGAGGAAUACUAUACACUUAAAGAGAUGACACAUCUUUGUGGUUGUCCCUGCUGUUAAGAAGAAAACAUUUUUAUAAUCCGUGCAGUUUGGAUUGUCAUAUAUGUAUGAAUUUUUAGUAUCUGUCAUAAAAAUAAAUUGAAGCAAUAUUAUAUACAAAUGACCUGUUUGAAAAUAAGUUAUUGAUUAAUUUUUCUUAAGUACAAAUUACAAAUAUAUGUUUUGUCUUGCUCAGAUGCCAAAUAAUAACAGUUGUGUUUUAAACCAAGAUGUUUCUUGUGCAUACUUAAAAUGUUCAACUGAUGUAUCCACGUUACCCACAAGUCAAAUGGGUCCAGUGUAUUUUAGUUUUAUUAAACUGAUUCAUCUAA